AUGACGAAUCCAGACCUCCUGAAGCAGGAAAGAGAGUGGAGAGAGAUUGAAAAGAGAGAGAGGGUGGAAGCCGCCAAAGAAGCCCUGAACUGCAGCAAGUGCCGGCUGGCAGUCACCGAAGAAACAAUGGCCCUUGAAAUCGAGAGCGGCAACUUCAUCCUCACCCAAUACCCACCCUGCUUCGCCAACACCAACAAGCGAGACGAGCACAUCUCGCCGCUGGACACGGUCGAUGACCAGGAGGACUUCACCUACUGGAAGCACCUCUCGCGAGCAACCCAACAGCAGUAUCAUGACCGGGUCGAGGAGCACCUCGACAAGGCCCUGGCAAAGCUCGACAAAUUCAACCCGGAGCUGGUGGCACUCUUCGCCCACUACCAGGUCGCCUACCACAUCCGGCAACACUACCUCGCUCGCGGCGGGGUGCUGGUGUUGUGCCGUAGCAGCGACGACGUGCACCAGCUGCGACGGUGGCAGUGGGAGAUGGCCCACGCGGAUGGGACUCUGUCUGCCGAUACCGGGGACAAGGUGAUGGAGGAGGAUGAGGUGCCGUGGGUUGUGGAUUGCGAGCGGUGGCAGUGGCCGCACGACGCCAACCUGCUCAUGAUGCACCAAAGCGCGCUGUGGCGGCGUCGGUGGCGACGCCGGCAGCGGCGCGUGGAGGAGGUCCGGGUUCGCUGGGCGCUGAUCAUGGAAGAACGGUGGCGGCAAAGAGAGAUGCUCCAGCUUAAGCAGGCGUCCACGCUGACUGUUCGGCUGUAUUGUCGGGGCGAGCUCUGGGAUGUGCGGGAGCUGGAGCGGUCCCCGGAUCUGGAGGUUGUGUCGUGGACUGGGCGGAUGACGCGCAGUACAGGGUUUUGA